CGGGUCUACUCGGGUGAUAAUUUGCGCCGUCGGCGGCUUCCGAUAGAAAAAUUUUCCAAUUAUUCUUCCCGCGUCAGCAGCUCAGGCAGGCUCUCAGUCCGUCGUUAACCAUCAGACCUGACGCAUCGUACGUUCCCCCGACUUCCUGCUUUACCAUACCUUUGUAAUAAAAAAUGCCGACCAACACACAAGAAGGAUUCGCCACAAAAGCUAUUCAUGCAGGGCAAGAUCCACUGCAAUGGAAGCACUGCUCAGUCAUACCACCUCUGGUCAUGUCCACCACGUUUCGUCAAGAUGGACCUGCACAGCACAGAGGCUUCGAAUAUGGUCGAUCUGGUAACCCAACUCGUAACGUUCUUGAAGCUUGCUUGGCUUCGAUCGAAGAUGCUAAACAUGCAGUGGUGUUCUCUUCUGGCCUUGGCGCUACAACAGCAAUAACCUCUUUGCUCCAAGUAGGGGACCACAUCGUAUGCGGCGAUGACGUUUACGGGGGUACCAAUAGAUUUUUCCAAAAAUGUGCCUCUAGACAGGGUAUCAAGGUUACCUUUGUCGAUGCUACGAAUGUGAAAAGUGUGGAGCAAGCAUUACUACCAAGUACAAAGAUGGUAUGGCUGGAAACACCCACAAACCCUUUAUUGAAAUUAGCUGAUAUUGAAAGCGUAUCAAAGAUGCUUAAAGACAAACGUCCAGAGAUUCUACUAACUGUUGACAACACUUUCUUAACUUGCUAUUUCCAGCGACCUUUGGAAUAUGGCGCUGAUAUUGUUGUCUACUCCUUAACAAAGUACAUGAAUGGCCACUCAGACAUCAUUAUGGGUGCAGCUGUUACAAAGAGAGCUGACAUUGAGGAAAAACUAAGAUUCAUACAAAAUGCCAUGGGGAUCGUUCCAUCUCCAUUUGAUUGCGCCCAAGUAAACCGUAGCCUGAAAACCUUAGAAUUGCGAAUGCAGCAGCACCAAAAGAAUGGUCUUGCUGUAGCGAAAUUUUUAGAGAAACAUCAACACGUUGAACAAGUAAUCCAUCCACUUCUUCCCACUCACCCACAACAUCAAUUGGCCCUGAAACAAACCAGUGGUCACAGUGGUAUGAUUUCUUUUUACUUGCGAGGAGAUUCCACUAAAUUCUUGAAAGCUCUAAAGCUGUUCACUCUAGCUGAAUCCCUUGGAGGCUACGAGUCUCUCGCUGAAUUACCAUCCGUCAUGACGCAUGCAUCGGUACCGGAGGCUGAACGAGAAAAACUUGGCAUUACUGAUCAACUUAUACGUUUGUCAGUUGGUCUCGAAUCUGAAAAAGACAUUUUAGCAGACCUUGAUCAAGCCUUGAAAGCUGCACAAUAAAGUUGUUAACGGGCUUCACAAUUUUCACACAAAGAAGUACAAUUCACAAAAUCAACUAGGCGUUAGAAAUUAAAAUGCUUU